AUGGCUGCCAGGCUCAUUGCCAAGAACUGCUCCUACUUCAAACACUUCACUAAGGAACAAGAGGCCAAAGGGUUCCAAGCCAAAACUCAGAAAGAGUACAACCUCUCAGCAGCAGCCAUUGCUGUGUUCAGCCUGGCCUUUAUGACCCUGGGGUCGCUGUGUGUCGUGUGCUCCUUCAGGAAGGGGAGGGACUACCUGCUGAGGCCUGCUGGGAUGUUCUUUGCCUUCGCAGGUCUCUGCAUCAUCAUCUCUGUUGAGGUGAUGCGGAACUCCACCAAGCGGAUGAUUGACAGCGAGGAGACCGUCUGGGAACAGUACUACUACUCCUGGUCGUUUGAAUGUGCCUGCACCUCCUUCGUCCUCCUGGUCUUCAGUGGUCUCAGCCUGUUGAUCAUCUCCAUGCCCCAGAUGCCACGCAACCCCUGGGAGACCUGUAUGGAUGCAGAGCCAGACUCCAUGGAGCCCUUAGACUAGUAGUAGAUCAGAUUAGACCUGCCCAGAUCAACCCCUGGGAGACCUGUAUGGACGCAGAGCCAGACUCCAUGGAGCCCUUAGACUAGUAGUAGAUCAGAUUAGACAUGCCCAGAUCAA